CAGGUUUCGUGGCAGGAUUGAGGACCCAGGGAAGCGGGGCAAGAGUGUCUAUUAUUUAUUAUUUACUAACGAAGGACUAUUGUUCACCUAUGAGGAGUUUCUUAGGAAAUAUCAUAUCCCAAUGACUCCUAGCGAUUAUGCUUGAGUGUUUUUGGACCAUUCCCUCUGGUGUGUUAAAUUAACCAGUGUACAUUAAUUAAUGACGAGCAACUGAAAAAACAAAAUGAAAAACAAACAAAAAACAGCCUUUGUUUUAUGCCUUUAUCUAUUGUAGGUUAGCAUGAUGCCUUUGAUUUAAAUGUGGAAAUUAUGUUAACUUCUUAUCUGUUAUCUGUUUGUUUUCCUCCAACUCUUUUGAUUUCUUUUAUCAUGAAAAUCCUGACUUCACCUGACCCGGAAAUAGUAAAGUUUUAUCCUGUUUUCUGUGGCUGCGCAAAUACCUUGUCAAAAAGCCAUGGUGACUGCUGAUGAAAUUGCUCAAUUGUGUUAUGAGCGUUUCAACGAUCUACCGCGGAGAGGAAAACCCGAACCGGGAAGAGAAUGGACCUCGCUCGCCGCUGUGGUGAAAAUCAGCCGAUGUGCAAAAUCGGAUAGAGUUGAAAAAGAAGUUGUUUCCCUUGGAACUGGGACAAAGUGUAUUGGACAGACUGCCAUGAGUCCCAAAGGUGGUGAUGCCUCUAUCAUCCAUACGAAUGGAAGGCAGCACCGAGCUUGCACAUCUGACACAACUAUGAAGAAUGAUCUGCAGACAGUAGGAGGAGGCCUGAAAAGAAAAGGGGAACAUAUUCCACGGCAAAACUCCAAGCGGUCCUUUCUAGAGGAAAGUGACCCUGAAGAGACAAAACAGGAGGAUAUUCAAGAAUCAAAGCUGCUUUCUUCCUUGUCUUCAUCCUCAUCUACAAGUGAUGAUGAGCCUUUACAGAGCACAUCUGCCAAAACAGAACUUGGUAGUAUCUCACAUGCUGCCACUUCAGAACAGCUGAUUAUGAAAACCAGUGCUCAUUCAACUGUUAGCCCUAUGAUCUUCACCCUGUUGAAGUCAGAGGUUUAUGAUGUUCACAGAACAGGAGCCAAGUCUGUACUGGGUGGCCUUGCUGACCCUCUUCAACCAGGCAUCAGAUACCAUAACACAGGAUUACUGCGGGUCAAGCCUGGUCGAGGAGUGUCAACCCUGUCUCUUUCAUGCAGUGAUAAGCUAGCUCGCUGGGGAGUACUCGGCUUCCAGGGUGCCCUUCUUUUCCAUUACUUGGAGGAAGCACUCUACUUUAGCACUGUAGUGGUAGGAAAAUGCCCCUUUAGCCACGAGGUCAUGCAAAGAGCUUUAAUCACAAGAUGCUCCCAUAUAUCAGAUCUCCCUGCUGGUUUCUCACUGUCUCAACCAGUUUUUCUCCAGUCAAAUUUGGAGUUUCCCUUCAGCCGUCCCCAGACCGAGCUCCGACACAAGGCUGGACAAGGAUGCAUCACACCCUGUGGGGCAGCUGUCAGUUGGUGUAAAGUGCUUGUGCAGCCGCUUGAUGUCACUGCUAACGGCUUCAAACAAGGAGUUGUCAAGAAGGCACUGGGUACAGCUAAAGCUAGGUCUGCCCUGUGUAAACUUGAACUUUUCCAUUCAUUCCUGUCGCUGGUGAGGUCCACUGACGCUUCGGCACUUCCUGACUCUCUCAGGAGAACAGAUCUACACACUUACUUGGACUACAAGGAGGCAUCUGACACCUACCAACUGGCUUGGCAACUACUUCGCAAGCAGGCUUUUCCUAUUUGGCCACGCAGUAACAGAGACCUCCUGCUCUUCAAAUGAAACCCAAAAUAAUUCCAUUAAUGUUUUUGGGGUAACAAACUUAUCUUAGAUUUGAGUUUGGGAUUGUGUUCAUUUUCCCCUCAGAACAAUGUUUAUUUUCCUUGCUAAUAUCAUAUACACAGCUGGAUACACUGGAGUGUCAUAGGAAAGUCAUUACCCUACUACAGUAAUCCUCGUUUAUUGCGGAUAAUUGGUUCCAAAAACCACCCGCGGUAAGUGAAAUCCGCAAAGUAUGGUCUCCAACAAGAAGUACUGGUCAGGCUAACGAGUUAGCGGAAAGAUAGUAAUUCGCGAUAGUGCUAACACGCGAAAACGGACUUCUAAAGAAAUGUAAACGAACAUUUGGAGCAACACUACAUUGUCGUAAAGGUUAGAUACGUUUCCUCAAUUUUGAAGUUUUGUUUUGACUUUUAAAUGUUUUUUUUUAAUUUUGAAAAAACAUCUGUGAUGUAGUGAAGCCGCGAUAAACGAAACGCGAAGUAGCGAGGGAUCACUGUAUAUACGUACAUGUGUCAACUCCCUUCUAAUCAGAAGAAAGGUUACGCAACCAUAAUAGGCUGGUGACUUCAAAUCAUUUGCAAAGAUCUUCUUCGGUAUGAGAGUAACUUAGGGUCAAACAAAUAAAUGUAUCCUGAUACCG